GGAGAGACUAGAGGCAACUUUGUUUGUGAAUUGCAAGAGAUGAAUGUGGCUGGUCACUGAAGGGGCAGGCUAUUUCCUACUGAGGACUCUUCAUUCAGUAGGGAUUCACUGAUUUGUCCGUGAAGAAACAGAAGAUGAAUAUCUUUGGGAAUCAGCAGGCAAAACCAGAAGUCCACGUUUUUGAAAGCCUCCCGAAGGGUGAACAAGCAGCUGUUGCUACUCGAAAGGAAGAAGUGAAGAAAGCUCUCGCCAAACUUGGGAUUCAAUGCAGUGCAGACAAAGUGCCCAGUAUUGCUGUCCUGGGAUCAGGAGGAGGUAUGCGGGCUAUGCUUGCCCUUUAUGGCACACUAACAGAGCUGAAGAAAUGCAACCUCUUGGACUGUAUUACAUACCUGAGUGGGGUGUCAGGUUCCACCUGGUGCAUGUCGUCUCUCUAUAAAAAUGAAGAUUGGUCAGAAAAAAUGGAAACUCUAGAAAAACUUCAGCGUGAAAAACUUGUCAAUGGCAAGUGGGAUUUGAUAAAGGCUAAAAAGGCUGUGCUGGAGGCCUCAAGAGAUGAAAAUUACUCUCUGACAGAUUUCUGGGCCUAUUUUAUUGUGUAUAAAAUGCUAAAAGAGCUUGAUGAAAGUAAAUUGUCUCAGCAACAGAGAUCUUGUGAAAACGGGAAAAAUCCUUAUCCUAUUUAUGCAGCUGUGGACAAGCACACCUACAGCGAACAUCAUGCAGGAAGCUGGUUUGAAUUUACCCCACAUAACACUGCAGUACCUGAUGUAGGUGGAGAACAUGGCACAGGUGGCUAUGUUGACAUGAAACGUCUUGGAAGUGUAUUCAGCAGUGGGAAACUGUAUCAAGAGAAAAGGGAAAAAACAGUUUGCUAUCUUCAAGGUUUAUGGGGAAGCGCCCUAGCAAGUGAAAAAGAAAUUAAGAAGGCUAUAAUUGGUGCCUUACUAGACUUUCUCAAGCAAGACAAAGAAAGCUACUUUGCUUCUCAUUCAAAAGACGUAGAUUAUCAGAACCUUAGCAUACUUAGCCAGGCUUAUCAGAAUGUUCUGGAGUUGCAGCUGUGUGCAUCAGAAGGGUCAGCUUCGAAGGCAGAGGGUUUCUUUGAUCUUCUUGAAAACCUCGUGGGAUUAAACAGAACUGGCAAAAGCUAUGAGGUGCUCAAAGGGAUGCGUCAAAAGUGGCCAACCUUAGAUGAAGACAAGAGAGAAGAACUGUGUGUGAAUCUGUGGGAAGCUCUGAACAAGGAUUUGGGAGGACCAGAAGAAAAGCUCAAGACACUCCCUGUUUACAAGCCUGUUAAAAUAAUUACAGAACCAGUAGAAAAACUUGUGGCAUCUGUUCCUUAUAGCCCCCUUCAAGCAAUUAAAGACUGGAUCAGACACAUCCACAAGACAAAUUCAUGCAUUCUGACGUGGACAUGGGGAACCACUAGUAACUUCUUGUACAACUUGUCUGAUGUUAAGCUCCCUGAGUUGAGACAGAAAAUGGUGGUCUCUCUGAUUGAUGCUGGUCUGGCUAUAAAUAGUGCUUACCCUCUUGUCCUUCACCCUGAGAGAAACGUGAAGCUGAUUCUUUCCUUUGACUUCAGUGGUGGGGAUCCUUUUGAGACCAUCAAAAAAACAGUUGAGUACUGUAAAAUCCGUGGGAUUAAAUUUCCCAGAAUAAAUGAGAAUGAGCUGCAGGACAAAGACAACCCUUCAAAUUGCUAUAUCUUCAGAGGAGAUGGCCCAACUGUUAUGCAUUUCCCACUGUUCAACAAAGUCAACUGUCCAGGUAAAAUUGAGGAAUAUCGUAAAAUGUUUAAGACCUUCAAACUCAGCUAUUCAGAUGAAGAAAUUGGAAAACUACUGACAGCAGCAAAGAAGAAUGUAGCAGAUGUUCAACAAAAAAUUGUGGAGGAGAUUAAGUACAUUGUGGCUCUUCCCUCAUAGUUGUCUUAAGCAAAUAUUUUCCAUAUUAACAUUUUAUUUCAGAACAAGUAAAACUACUACUCUAUCUGCAUAUGCUCAGUGCAACAUAUGAGGGCCUGAUUCAUAUUGUUAAUCCCAUUUAGAAUAAACCCAUAGAUUGAAAAGGAUUUACCUAGAUCUUGACUCACUACUCAAUAAUUGAUUCAAUAGGUCUACUUGAAUUGGAACUAAUCAAUAACAUUCAAACUUGAAAGUCCCUACGAAAUAGUUUACACUUUGUUAUAUCUCUUUAUUUUUCUUUGAUCAGAAAGAAAUACAAAGCAUUCUUCAUUGUGAAUUUGUAAGGAUUUACAUAGGAGUGAAGAUAUAAUCUGUAGUUUAAUUAUAAAUGGUAAGGUACGAAAGAAAUAUUCUAGUCUUUGACACUGAAAGCAAAUUAAUAUUGCCAGUGAAAGAAAUGAUCAUGCCAAAGAAUGAACAAGGCAUUGAUAGUUUCAUGAUUUAUCUGAGACCAAGCAAACAGGGUGACUUUCUGUACAUAACUGCAGAGUAAGAGUACAAGAGUAACCCUUUCACAAGAAGGCAAGAAACAUCUUUGGUGUGAGUUUGACAAAUCCUUAUUACCUUUGUUGCAAUGGAGUUUGGAUAUAAAGUCAGGAAAAUAUACAAUCAUGACCUAUCAUGACCUUUCUCACAACAGACUUAAGCAUA